UUCCGGGUCAAUGCAGGACACCGGGCUCCGGCGGCCAGAGUGGGGGCCGAGGUGAAGCGGAGCCGGUCCGGGGCCGGCCGGGACGAGGCCGGAGGCUGCGCGGCGGCGACGGCAGUGGCCGGGAGGGGGGAGGCGAGGCGCAGCCCGAGGAGCCGCCGCAGCAGCUCCCCCGCCUCCCGGGCCGAGGGAAUUUUAGGAAAGGAAGAUGGAUCAACCUAGUGGAAGGAGUUUUAUGCAAGUAUUAUGUGAAAAGUAUAGUCCUGAAAACUUUCCUUACCGCCGUGGUCCUGGGAUGGGAGUCCAUGUCCCAGCCACACCUCAGGGCUCUCCUAUGAAAGAUCGCCUCAACCUCCCAAGUGUACUGGUGUUGAACAGCUGUGGAAUAACCUGUGCAGGAGAUGAAAAAGAAAUUGCUGCUUUCUGUGCUCAUGUGUCGGAACUAGAUCUUUCUGACAACAAACUGGAAGACUGGCAUGAGGUCAGUAAAAUUGUGUCAAAUGUUCCCCAGUUGGAGUUUCUAAACCUGAGUUCCAAUCCUCUGAAUUUAUCGGUUUUAGAAAGAACGUGUGCUGGGUCCUUCUCUGGGGUUCGCAAACUUGUCCUCAACAACAGCAAAGCUUCUUGGGAGACAGUCCACACGAUACUGCAGGAGUUACCAGAUUUGGAGGAGCUCUUCCUGUGCCUUAAUGACUAUAAAACAGUGUCUUGUCCUUCUAUUUGCUGUCAUUCUCUUAAGCUACUACAUAUAACAGACAAUAACCUCCAAGACUGGACUGAAAUACGAAAAUUAGGAGUUAUGUUUCCUUCACUGGAUACCCUCGUCCUGGCCAACAAUCAUUUGAAUGCUAUUGAGGAGCCUGAUGAUUCAUUGGCCAGGUUGUUUCCUAAUCUGCGAUCCAUCAGCCUCCACAAGUCAGGUUUGCAGUCCUGGGAAGACAUUGACAAACUAAAUUCAUUCCCCAAACUGGAGGAAGUGAGAUUAUUAGGAAUACCUCUUCUGCAGCCAUAUACCACCGAGGAACGAAGGAAAUUGGUAGUAGCCAGAUUGCCAUCGGUUUCCAAACUUAAUGGCAGCGUUGUUACAGAUGGCGAGCGAGAAGAUUCUGAGAGAUUUUUUAUUCGUUACUAUGUGGAUGUUCCACAGGAAGAAGUGCCAUUCAGGUAUCAUGAACUGAUCACAAAAUAUGGGAAACUGGAGCCUUUGGCAGAAGUGGACCUAAGACCCCAGAGCAGUGCAAAAGUAGAAGUCCACUUUAACGAUCAGGUGGAAGAAAUGAGCAUUCGUCUGGACCAAACUGUUGCAGAACUAAAGAAACAAUUAAAAACUCUAGUGCAAUUACCCACAAGCAACAUGCUUCUCUACUAUUUUGACCACGAAGCGCCCUUUGGCCCAGAGGAAAUGAAGUACAGCUCUCGGGCAUUGCAUUCUUUUGGCAUUAGGGAUGGAGAUAAGAUUUAUGUGGAAUCCAAGACAAAAUAACCUCUACCAGCCUUGUAAAAACACACACAUAAGGACUUCUUGCAGGGCAUUUGUUUCCAAUGUGGUUUUCUUUAGGAGGGAGAAGGUUGUUUUUGUUUUGUUUUGUUUUAUUUAGGUUUCGGGAGGGAUUUGUAUAUUUUUCCCCCUAGAAUGGGUAGGGGGCUGUUUUUGGUGUUUUCUACCACAGAUUUCUUCGGCUCAGCCAGCAGAAUUGGCCACAUCUGCAGUCCGUGUGCCCUCCCUCAUGAAUGAUGACUAAGAAAUCACCGACUUCUUACUGUGUUCACCGGGAUUUGUCUACCACUUGGUUAUCAUUACCAUUUAGGGUACUUGUGAAGAUAGCACGAACAGCAUAUUCCCCUCAGAAGGGUGUCUUAGAGAGUUUAAAUCAGAAAACAAGGAACUUUACAGGAAGGGCCAGCACUUCUCUCUCCCAGUUCCUCCCUCUCCCUCCUUGCCUUUUUUGGUUCAGUUUUUCAGUUUGAUUUGUGUCAGCACAUGUUUACCUAAUUGUUUUAUUCUGUCCAUAAUUAACUUCUUAUUUCUCAACUUGGGUGAUUUUUUUUUUCAUUUCUCCCUUUUGAAAUUAAAGUGUUUUAAGCAUUUUUCAACCUGAUUCUGAUCUCAGGUACUCAGUCAGAACGUAUAACUCUGUUAGGAUCUGGAAGAAGCGUAGAUGGAGAGUUAAAACUCCAGGAAAACUGGCUGUUCUUCUGGAAGCACAGGCAGAGCAGUCUGAUCUCUUUGUAUGUAACUGUCUCAAUUUUAAUGUUCCUCACACAUUAUAUCAACUGUUACUUCCCUAACAUGAAAUAUAUCAGAUUCUAGAGUUCUUUUAUUUUUGCUUAUUGAAUGUAUUUCUUUGUAUCUAUCUUUUUCAUUACUUUAAACUAUUAGGAACAGAGGCCUGACUUUGUGAAGAAUCCAAUGGAGUAAUAGAUAUACACGCCAGGAGAGUUGAGAAUUAGCUGAUCAACAUCUGCAGUGUGUGUGAGGGAGGAAAGUGGGUGGAAUAUGGUAAGAGGAGUGUUGUGACUUUCCUGCCUGUGUCAUCAUUUGAAGCCCUUGCUCUUGCACUUUGCAUUAAAAGUGGGAAAUUUUAAUCAAAGAGAGCUUUGGUUCCCAGUUCUUCCCUGGGAUUUUGUGAUGUCAUAAUUGAACAGUUCUUUUUGUUUUACAUCUCAAUUCCAUUGCCUCUACAGAAGAACAACUCUGCCUAAUCUGUGAGUAAAGUAUAAAUGUCAAAACUUCAGAAUUGCCUCCAAGUCAUAUUUUUUACAAAAGCAUAUUUAAAGCACUUUUCUUUAAAAGCUAGUUCCUUAUCUACUCUGAAAUCUUUUUGUUUGUUCUUCUAUUCCUUUGUUAGUCAAUGUAAUCCCUUUCUUGGUCCACCAUGUUUACAGAUGGGGGACUUGAGAAAGACUUAGCGUAACUGGGACAGGUGUGCACAUGAAGUAUUUUUCAAAGAAUGUAAUCAGUAUCUGACUGCAUUUGACCUUUUGACCUUUGUUAUAUGAUUUCAUCCCUCCUACAAAUUCUUUAAUUUCUUAUGAAAUUUUUAGAUGACUCUUGUAAAUUCUUCACAUACACGGAGUUGUGUUUAUUAUUGCUACUUUUUAAAUGUUCCUAUGCCAUAACAGCAGAUGUUUAUUCUCUUAACGCACUUCAGGUUCAGUAUCUGUAAAGCCUUUGACCCGGGCCUACUGAGUCAAAUCUACAUUCACUGUAACAUUAAAGGUGGAAACCAAAGGGUUUGAGAAAGAUGAAUGAGGCCUGUUCUCCUUCUGCUACAGACUUUAUCUUUCAAAAUCACAAAAAUGAGCAAUGGAGAUCCAGGCCGGGUAUAGACAAGAAUAAUUAUUUUGCAAUCACAUUUUCAUGACAGAUUUUUGCAAGUGGGGAAAAAGUGUGGCCACAGUGUCAUGAAGAUUAAAACUGUGGGUGCUUUCUGUAUGUGCGCAUGAGUGUAGAUGAGUUUGAGAGAAAAAUAGUGUAAUUGAGCCCAUUGCUUUUGUCAGCCUGGAAAACAUGCACUCUUAUUUUUCGAGGUUGUCUGACUGUCCCACAGCAGAAGGCAGAGCAAACACUUAUGUUAUGCUUUAAUCAUAAGUGGAAUGGUCACAAUUAAUAAGAUAUUUUAUAUAUGACAAAGUUUUAUGAAAUGCUUUUUUACUAUUAGAGACCUGUUCCUUCUGUUAUUACAGAACACAGUGUCCAUCAACUGCAGGCAUAAUUCUUCUAUUAUACAGUUGCAUGUCAGGGGAACUUCUCAUUUAAUUCGGUGGAUGUGGGUAUUUUUAGGGCAUUGUACUGAUGGUUUUAAUAAUUGCUGAAUAAUUUUUGAUUGAGACAAAAUCUAAUAUAAUUACCGAUCUGUUAAGAGUUACAGAACAGAAGUAAAUGAGAAAAGCUAUUUGAGCAUGUGUACUUAUAGAUUUAUUUGGGUGGCUAAGUAAAAAUGCUGCUUUUGAAAUAAAAUUGGUGCUGUGUAGACACUUGUAACCAAAAUUAUUUUUAUAAUAGGCCAAAAGGAAGGAGAGAAGAGACUAUGGACUUUUGAGUCUACAAGUUAUGCGUAGCUGAGGCUGCAGCUUAUCUGUAUUGUAGUAUUGACUUCGUCCAGAUUCAAUGAGAGUGUAUUAUUGACAUUUAUGAAGCAAAAUGCUGUCAGAGCCAGUGUUACAGAUAUGUUGCUGCAGGCAUGGUGUAUAGAACAUAUCUUUUCUAAAAUACAAAUUAUUUUCAGUUAUGAAAAAGGAAAGGAAUAAUAAAAGAAAGCCAAAUCAAAGGAAAGGGAUCCUUUCUACAUGUGGGCAUGUAGUUGCGAAAGCCACAAUAGAAAUCAGUUUUUGAAUUUGAAUUGUUGAAAUAGCCCAGAUUGCUUUAAAG